CCGCAAGUGUUUUGCGGCAAUUCAGUUUAGCGCAGAAAUCGCGUUAACGCGGGUGUCGCCAACAUACGGAGUAUACAAGACGAGUACGUGCGGACGGUGAAAACGUAUUGAGUGCACAAAAACAAGUAGAAAUUAAAGAAACGUUAAGUAAAUAGCUAAUAAAUGUAUGUGAUAGGUGGGGUGUACAAAAAAAGUUUGUCAUAAAUGCAUACACACACAUAAUUACAUAUACAUAAAUACCUAGUUACACAUGUGUAUGUACUCUGGCAUAUAUGGUAACUAAAGAAAAAAAAAUACAUAAAAUGAAAUUAAUUAACUGCGCUGCAGUAAGUUCGAUGCAGUGUUUAGUGGCAGCAGCAGUUGUUCAGUAGUAAUUAAAUUCAUGCACGUCGCCAAACUAAACGUCAACCAGCAGACACCUACGGCGACAGUUCGUUCGUGAGCGCUUCCAAUUAACAUAAUACACGCGAAUUCUAUGAUUGUGCCAAUAAAAAAUAAACAAAAAUAUUUAAAAAAUUAAUUAAAUUAAUUGCAAUAAUAACACAAAAUAAAAAAAUAAAUGUAGAUAUUAAUUAAUAAAUUAGUGAAAUUAUAAUUAAGUAAAUAAAUGUGUUGAUGCCAAUUACCAACUUGCAUUUGGUAUAGCAAUUUAAACAUCAAACAAAUGUAUGUUUCAUUGUGUAACAAUAAAUUAGUAAAAUGUGCAUACUGUUGAACAUUAUCAGUACCGUGAUUUGAAUUCACUAAAUAAUUAAUUAUUAUUAUAAAUAAAAAAUCUAAAUAUUUGAUCAAUCUAAAAAUCAAUUACACUUUCAAAAGAGUGCAAACAAUAAGUGCAAUAGUGUCAUUUUAUAAUAAAUUAAUAACAACAGUUGUUUGCUUUGUUCGGUGCGAGCGUUUGCCGACGCCUAUAGGCGUGUAGUAUGGAAAGCAACGCUUUUGGUAGCAGCCAUUUGCCGUCACAAGCUUUAGUCGUACUUUCGGAGGCUGCCUCCGGUUUGCAUGAGGCUUUGAGGGGCCAACGGCCUUUCCCACCUAGAUUACCCGACGCCAAAGAUCUGCACAAUAUGUCACUUGUCGGUAGCUACGGCACACACCUGCUGCACAGCUUCCAUCCCCACCUGCUACAGACGCUCAACCAUGGCAUGUUGGCGGCGAAUGGCGGCCCAGCGAGUUACUUUGCCAGCGACCGGGGACUCGGCAAACCAUCGGUAUUAUCGAAUUUCCAAUUGCCGUCGGCGUUUUCACCACCAAAAUAUAUUGGCAUAUCACUGGAUCAGAAUCUCUUCAAUGGCAACGAUUCAUUUCGCACAGACUCGGCGAGUCCCACAUGCACUUCACACGAAUCGAUGGAAGGAUCAAACGAUUACGACAACGGUGAAAAGGGUGAAAGUCCGCGCAGCAACAACUCCGAUCCGAGGGAUUUAAGGCAUGUACACAACAACAAUGGCGGUGGCAGCAGCAGCAGUAGCAGUAGCGGUGGUGGCAUGGUUGGCAUCAAAGCGUCAUCAGCAGCUUCAACGGCCACUUCCAUGGCGGCCGCCGCCGCUGCUGUAGCCGCCUCAGUGGCGUCGACCACAUCCUCGCCCGCGUCAGUAAGUCAUCUCGGCCAUCACCAUCAUCACACACAUCAUCAUCACCAUCAUCCGAACGGUGGUCUGUUGGCCGCAGCGAGUCUGGGCGGUAUGGGCGGCCUUGGUAUACCCGUGAGCUGUGCGGGUUUGCGUAGUGUGGCGAGUGGUCUCAGUGGCUUGACCACAGCCGGUGGAGUUGGUGUGGGCAUUGGCAGCGGUGGCAGUUCGAGUGGCAGCAAUAGUAGCGGUGGACUAGCGAGUGUGCUCAAUCUGCCGCCGGGUCAUGUGCCGGAUAUUUGCCCAAUCUGUGGUAUAAAAAUUUCGGCAGAAGAAUGGAAUUCACACUUUCUAACCGAACUAGACCGACUCUAUAAGCUGAGCUCGGGUAUGGAACGUACGAAUUUACAGGCAUCCUAUAUGUUUGCGCCGCCAUGUCCGGCGCAGGAGAAUGCCAUACGCACCAGCCAUAAUCGUUGGGAGACUUUUCAGCGGAUACGCAAUAACAGGCAAAAUCGUUUGAGAAUAAAGGGACGAAAACGAAAAUAUGGCAACGAUUUAUACUUUAUGGAGAAUCUGUUCUGUAAUUCCUGUCCGAUAUGCAAGCGAAAAUAUGCGAUUGAAGCCGGAAAAAUGCCACCCGAGGAGGAUACCAAAAUGCAAGAAGAAAUUGAAACGGUCGACGUUGAGAGUUGUAAUGAUGAUGUGCCCGACUCCGGCUCCGAAUUGACGACGCACUCUCAACUCAGUGUGAACAGCAUGAGUCACGGUCACCACAACAACAUUGUCAAUACGACAUUAGGCAGCAAUAUGCAUAGUAGCAAUAGUCAACCAGGAAAACUGGAUGGCAUCUUAUUUCGAACGGCAUGUGUUAUGAAUAAGGAUACGAGUAGUAAUGAGGAUGAUUUGAAUGCAACCAGCACCAGUGGCGGCGGUGGCGGUAAUAUAACGCAAGCGUGGAAUCAGCCACAACACCAUCCAGCGUCCACGAUUACAGCGCCGCAAGGACAUAUCAGUGUGAAAAAUGUCAGCGAACUGUCAUCGACAACUCAUCACUUCUACAACGCGGACUCGUGUGGCGCCGUUGAUGAGCGCUCCAGCGGCGGUGCUGCGGGCGGCGCAAAUUGUAACGGCAAGGAUGUUGCGAUGGAAACAUGCAAUGCCAACGACAGCGACGAGGAUGUCAUUGUGGAUGACGAUGAUUCUAUUAAAAUGACGAAUCUCUGCAGCAGCAAAAAACGAAAGUACGAUGAAACUGUAGUUAGUAGCAGGACUUCGGAUAAUCACUCGCCGAUGGUUGAACAGGAGCGACCACGUUCGGAACCGCAAGUGACCAGCACCGAGCCAAACAUUGAGUUAGCUAAUAAUAACAAUAACAACAACAAUAAUUCCAAGUAUAGCACCUUCGAGGAGUUGCGCGCUAAACAGCAGCAGCAACAACAUCAACAAGCGGAAGCAGAUAAUGCCCACAGUAUGGGUGGUGGCGGCGGCGGUGGUGUUAGCGGUGGCAAUUGUGGCGCCAAUGCAAAUCUAAUGGCAGCGGCGCAUACGCAAAUGGACUUAAAGGUGGGAUUUAGUUCGGAUAAUAAACCGGACGAUGAAAACAAAUGUUUCAUUUGUAAGACAGGUAUAAAGGACUUUGCAACGGAGUCCUUCUUCCGCGGACGGAAUUUAUAUUUCCAUCAAAGUUGUGCCAAUGUAAUGAGCAGCUAUCGGCUGAGUAAGGACUUGCAGCAGCAGCAGCAGAAUCUGCUACAACAACAACAACAGCAGCAGCAACAACAACAGGAGGUACGAAAAUCGCCAUCACCACAACAAUUGGUGAAUCUUUAAGAAUUUAUGCAACAAUCUCAAACACAUACAUAGUAUAUAUCGUUAUAAGAAAACACACGUGGAACCCGUCAAAUAUGUAUGAUAACUAUGAUUUCAACUGAUAACUGUACCGAUAUACAUCUAAAAUUGCGUAUGAUCUGACUGUAGUUGUCUGUAUAAACAUUAGGGAUGUUCUUAUAUUAUAAUUUUAUUUUUUUGCUUUGAAAGAUUGCCUUGUGAUUUUUGGCGUCCUGAUUUGAGGUGAAUUUACUCCCAACCAAAAAAUUGUUCAAGUAGGAAGUAAAUCUUCAGAAAAUGGUGGGAGUGAUAGCACAUCCCAUUUCGUUCUGGAAGAAUUAAUCCUUGACGUUCCUUAUGAUUGUGAACGGUCGCAGUAGACUAAUUAAACCUUUCAGCAAUCUCUCGAUUUGUUAUUCGACGACGUACACCGAUCAACGAUUUUUUUAUCCACAUCGGCUUCAAGAGGCCUUCAAGGAAGUGGAGGAUCAUUAAGAUCAAACCAACUUUGGCAUUAGCAUCAUCUUCUCCAUACACAUCACAUAAUUUUCGCCUUGCUUGAACUGGUUUUUUAUUCUUUAAAUAUGCCGAAAAUACUGUUUUAAAUUACCCAUCUUCAACAGGGCACCAAACUAAAACUAUACCAAAAAAGUUUUUUUCCUAAAAAGGCCUACUUUAUCAAUUGUUCAUAUAUAUAAUAUAACGGUAAAGCAGUUAGAUGUAAAGUUGGAUGCAAAUAUGUAUUCAAUAAGAUCAGCUGAUGUCAUCAAAUGAAAUUACUUAGUGAACGACCAAUAAAUACUUUCUUGACAAAUACUAUGAUUCAUCCGUUGAGUCCAAUUUUCGAUGACUCGUUCGAGUAUUUCAACUGUGAUGUUUUGCUCCAAAGCAUGAAUCGAAGCGGGAUUGUCCUCAUAAAAAGUCUAACGGUAUGAUAUCACACAAUCUUGGAGGUCAAUAGACCGGAAAAAAUGUGAAAUUAUCUGCUCACCGAAGUGCUC